CAUAUGGGAUUAGUCUUUUUUCAGUUCCUCCCCAAGUUUGUGCUAACCAUCCAUGAAAUGAAACCUUGGUGAGAAUAGCUUUUUGUUUUUUGAUAACCGAUUGUGUUGUUUAAAGCAUUAGUUAUUUGUCGUGAUAUUAUAACGUUGAUGAUACAUAUAACAUAUGCAAAGUUGGAUGUGGUUAUUGUAUGAUUCUUCGAAAAUUGAUGCAUUAGAGUCUUGUUUUGCACUCACUUUAAUAUUAAAAAAAUUCAAAGAAAGUUCCUUGCUAGCUAGUGAUUGUUUCGCCUAGUCGAACACCUUGUGAAAGAAUAUGUGUAGUUUAAGUCUAUAAGAUAGUUUCAAGUGACUUUGGUUCUUUGUCAAUUUGAUCCCUCUCACUUUCUUAUCCAAUAACAAAAUCAACCAAGAACAAUAUUAUGACACUCCAAAUAUAAUAAAUCGUAUGCCACAUUUUAUCAUCACAUCCCCAUUAUCCAAUCCAAGUAGUGCAUAAACUUCACACAAAUCUCUUCCCUCAAUAGGUGAACAAUGAAUUCCAUUCUUCCAUAAUAUUAUUUCAAAUAUGCUUUUCCCAUAAUGAGUGAUAUAAAUUUGAGUGCAUGUAAGAAAAUGACACAUCCCAUUGGCAAUAUAUUUUGUUGGCUUAAAUCAUGUUUAGGACUUCAAAUGAGUAAAGACGACUAAUGUGACAAACUAAAUGGAAAAGAGUCCAUACUUUAUUAUUUUAAAUUAAAUAUCCUUAUCAAAGCUAGCCUAAGCAUCGUGACUUGAUUCAAGAGACAAAAAUUGUUAGGGAAAACAAACUCAUGUUGUCAAGCUAGGGGUCAAUAAAACACAUCCCCUUAAAGCUUAUGAAAUUUGUUUAUAUCAUAUCCGAAUUGACAUGUCAAGAAUUAGAGAUUUAUUAAAGUUAGGUAGAGAAUGAUGCAUGUUUCAAAGGUAUAUUUGGCUUCCAAAACAAUCAUUACCAGUCUUCUUACCCACGCUGGGACUGCCAAGCAAAGUGAGGAAUUUGCAGCAAGAACAAACAAAAGAAGGAAUCAGAACAGCUACCAAAGUAAGGAAGGAGAGGGAAACCAAAAUAUAUACUUUCCUCCGCAGAGGUACAAAUAGGAAUACUAAGACUUUUCAAUCUGUAUGAUCUUGGAUCACAGGGAUGGUUCAAUCUGUAAGAUGUAGCUUAAUAGGGAUGAAUUCACUCCGUGUCAUCAAUUUUACUUGGGAGUGACCAAAACUAUGCAAAGAGAGAGCUCACUGACCUGCUUCCUCUGCUUCAAAAUCGUCAUAUCCGCGACCAAUCCAAAACCGAUCAUAACAGCAAAAGAAAAUGUUCGUGAGAGGUUUCUCAGGAGAACAACCACCUGAAACGAAAUUGACAGGAAAGUUGGAGACUUUCAAGAGGGAUGAGGAAUAGUUUUAUCACAGCCGUCCAACGUAUCAGUAGGAGAGAAGAGAUGGGAGCAAAGCAACAAAACCAGAGGACUGGAGUACAGGAAUAGAGAGAAAAACCUGCAGAUGGGUUAGGUGAAAUGAGUGGACCACAAAUGAAAGAGUGAUCGAAAACGAAAAUAUCCCUUCAACUCUCUCUUUUCUUGUGCCAACCCAAUCUUCUCAACCCUUUCUGCUUCCCUUAUCAAACCCCACUCCCCAGUUUAGGAAUUAGGGUUCUAGACUCGGGGACAUCAAAAAUCACAACCACCAUCGUUUUGUGCCCACAAAUGGCGUCCUCUGUCAGCCGCGAAUUCCCCUUCGUACCUUUCAUCCUUCUCCUCAUCCUAAUAAUUACCUCCACCGCAGCAGAACCCAGAUCCGUCGCCGCCGCCGCCGCCGAAGACCCAACCCCGACGCCAUGGCCGCUCCAAUUCCACUCCGUACUCUUCAUGAACAAAAGUGGCGCACUCCAGAUGAUCGACCUCUGGUACGACUGGCCCAACGGCCGCAACUUCAACAUCAUACAGGACCAGCUGGGCAAGCUCACCUACGACGCCGAGUGGAACAACGGCACCUCAUUCGUGUACACCCUAGAUUCCGAUCGCGAAUGCAAAACCCUCUACCCGGGCGUCGGCAUCCUCCGACCCAAUUGGCUCGACGGCGCCAAUUACCUGGGCCAGCGCUACAUCGACGGCUUCCUCUGCAAUGUCUGGGAGAAGGUCGAUUUCAUUUGGUAUUACGAAGACGUCGAGACCAAGCGCCCCGUCCACUGGGUUUUCUACACGGGGAGGCAUGCUCAUGUGAUGACGUUUGAGGUGGGAGCCGUGCUGGAAGAUGCCGGAUGGCAGGCCCCUGCUUACUGCUUCGACGAACAACAACGGGGGAAGGAGAGAAACCCUGCAGCAGGAAGAAUUGAAUCUGUGGUCGGUGUUAGGAGGUCCCUUUUCGGCUGACCGCAUCAAAAUUGUAGAAUGUGCUUGUUUCUAUGCUUUGCUACUCUCUUCUCAGUCUUCUGCCUUGUGAUCGUUUGAUUCUAGCUGAGCUCUCUCCACUUCUAGGAUGAAUAAAAGUUUUGGCAGCGCCCUCUGGUAGAUUCCCACUUCUUGGUGGUUAAUGACACGAGUCAGAGUUUGAAUUUUUGCUAUAAUUUGGGUUUAGUUCGUUCAAAUAAUUCCAAUUUCGUGUUUGACUCGUUUAAAAGGAGAAGAAGUUUGAGCUUGAUUUGGAAUCGCCAAAUGAAUUUAACUAGAAAAAAUAGGUUCAAAUGAUAAAAUGUCGAGUGUAGCUCAAGUUUGAGCUAGAAUCAGCUCACAAGACACCAAUAUCAAAGACUUAAAUGCAUUCGAGCUUGUUCGCUAGCCUAUCAGCUGAAUACGUCAAGGCUCGUGCUGUGCUCAUCUAUAAAACUGGUUGUUCACG